CCAUUUCCUCCAUCAUAGGCCUAACCCUCCCCCACCAGAACUCUCCUCGUCCCCAAAACGGCAAAACCCAACACCAACAAUAUUAUUUACCUGUAAUAAAACCCUAAUCGAAGAUGGCAACUCCAAAACCGCCAUUGUUGAACUCCACUGACCUCAUCUCUACUAUUAUCAACCUCUUGAAACGCCAUCCCGUUUCGCCAUUAUAUGACACUCUUGCCCCAUUUUUUCCCUCCUUAACGCCACCCAUUAUCCACUCAAUUCUUUCUUCCCCUUCUCUCCGCCAUUUUCCUUCAACUCUUCUAUCUUUCCUCACAUUGGUACAUUCUCAUACCCCACAUUCAGCCCCUCUACCUCUCUCCCCUCUUCUUUCGAUACUUUCAUCCCUUUUAUCUCAUCAGAAAUUCACGGAUGCGAGAAAAAUUCUUCGGUCCCAUAUCGUCUCUGAUCAUCCCCACCACCAUUUACAUCGUCACCUCCUCCACCCUUGCCCGUACCUUCCACCCCCAUCGAAGGUCCUCUUAGAUACUUCAAUUUCGGCCUACUGUCACUCGGGAUGGCCACACCUUGCUGCCCAGAUUUUCAAGAAAAUGAAGCGCCAUGGCUGCCGCCCCACCCUGUUGACUCUCAACACUUUGUUGAACUCACUGGUAAAGAAUUCCUCUUCCUCACGGUCCACUGCCUUUUGCCGAGAAUUGUUUAAUGAUGCUUUAAAACUUGGUGUGGUCCCCAAUGUAAAUACUUGUAAUAUUUUGAUUAGUGGAUUUUGUUUAGAAUAUAAACUUAAGGAGGCAAUUGAAUUUUUGAAGAAUAUGGAGAGUGAAUUUGGGUGCAAGCCGGAUAAUGUGAGUUACAAUACGAUAUUGGUCACGUUAUGCAAGAAAGGCAGAUUGAAUGACGUGCGUGAUUUGUUGUUUGAUAUGAAGGAGAAGGGGCUUUCACCUAAUAGGAAUACGUACAAUAUUUUGGUUCAUGGGUAUUGUAAGAUGGGGUGGUUGAAGGAUGCUGCUAAUGUUAUUGAGUUGAUGAGUCAGCAUAACAUUUUGACGGACGCUUGGACAUAUAAUAUGUUGAUUGAUGGAUUUUGUAAACAGGGAAAGAUUGAUGAGGCAUGCAGGUUGAGAGAUGAGAUGGAGGGGUUGAAAUUGUUGCCCGACGUGGUUACUUACAACACGUUGAUAAACGGGUAUUUUGAGAUGAAAAAUAGUUUUGCAGCUUUCAAGUUGAUGGAAGAAAUGACAGAGAGAGGAGUGAAGCCCAAUGAGAUUACUCAUAAUAUCUUGAUUAAGUGGUAUUGUAAGGAAGGGAGGAUGGAUGAAGCUAGUGAGACAUUUAGGAGGAUGGAGAAAAGUGGGUUUUCACCUGAUCAUAUUACCUUCAAUACUCUAAUAAGCCGGUAUUGUAAGUCGGGAAAUUUCUCCGAGGCACUGAUGACGAUGAAUCUAAUGGGUGGAAAAGGUUUGAAAAUGGACACGGUGACACUGAACACUGCUUUGCAUAAUCUGUGCCAAGAAAGAAAGGUUAAUGAGGCAUACAAUUUACUCAACAUUGCUCAUAAGAGAGGUUAUAUCUUGGAUGAUGUGAGCUAUGGCACUCUGAUUGUUGGGUAUUGUAAGGAAGAGAAUUUGGAUAGAGCUAUGGGGCUUUGGGAUGAAAUGAAGGAGAAAGAGAUUAUUCCGGGUAUUUCUGCAUAUAAUUCUCUAAUUCUAGGCCUAUGCAAGUCGAGUAAAACUGACCAAGCGAUAAAUAAGUUGAAUGAACUAUUGGAUAGUGGGUUGGUUCCAAAUGAGACUACAUACAACACAAUUAUUCAUGGGUUCUGCUGGGAAGGGAAUCUGGAGAAGGCAUUUCAAUUUCACAACAAGAUGGUUGAAAAAUCAUUUAAGCCUAAUAUCUAUACAUGCAACAUUCUUCUUCGUGGGCUUUGCAAGGAAGGGAUGCUUGAAAAAGCAAUAAAGCUCUUCAACACUUGGAAUUCGAAAGGGAAAGACAUUGAUGCAGUAACCUACAACACCUUAAUAACGGCCCUAUGCAAAGAUGGGAGACUCGCGGAUGCUUUGAGCCUUGUUGCUGAGAUGAAAGAAAAAGAACUAGCACGGGAUAGUUAUACAUAUAAUGCCAUUAUUGGUGCUCUUAAGGAUGCGGGAAGAGCUAAAGAAGCAGAGGAGAUCAUGUUACAAAUGAUAGAAGGUGAUAAAUCAUCUCAACAGCCAAUGCAGACGGAUGAAGGACAAGAUGUGGUUGCUGGUGAAACUUCAGAUGAAUUAGAUUCAAGUUCUAUAGCUUACUCAGAACAGAUUAACGAGCUAUGCGCUGAAGGGAGAUACAAAGAUGCCAUGCAUAUUUUUGGAGAACUGAAGCAGAAGGGCAUCACUGUAAAUAAAUCCGCCUAUAUUGUUCUAAUGAAUGGACUGAUAAAGAGGAAAAAGAGUACAUUGAAGGCAUUUUGAUUGUUCUUUGCUGGUUACAACCCUUGACUCUGUCAGAUGGGCAUGCAUUCUUUCACACAGUCUUAGGUAAUGUGCACAAGGCAAGAACUCCAGGAUGCAGCUUCUGUAAAUAUCAAUGGUGACUUUACUUGCGCACUUCCUUCUAAAGAUUAGUGGUAAUUGAUGGAGAUGUACAAGCAGGGGAACCAUAUUCUGCUCAUACAUUAUGGAAAAUUUUAUCAACCGAUUGCCUUCUGCCCCAGGAGAAUAAGUUAUGGAGAUAUGAAGUAACACGGAGGCUUGUAUUUGAGGGGAGGAUGAAGCAUACAUGAAAUGAAUUGUUAACUUCUUCAAAUAUUUGGCAUCUACAAAUUGGAGUUCAUUUGUAUCUUAAAACAUUCUGGUUGUCUCUGAAAAACUCAGUUUUCAUCUGCGCCUUGCCUUGAGAUGGUUGAUUUGGCCAAGACUAAGUUGGUCCAUUGGAUAUCAUGCUGAAAGGAAUAGUGGAUAUGUAGAUGGCGAUUGUGGGUCCCUUGAAAUGUGUAGAUAAAAGUGGUUCAAUGUUUACAAACACUCCCCAAUGUCAAGAAACCUAUGCAUUGCCCGUUUAAUGAAAUUCUCUUGAAUUAAUACU